GAGAGCGACCAGCUGGCUAGGGACUUGACCGGCAAAUUUCGAAGCAUCCUGAGUAUCAAACGAAUGGACCAAUUAGCAGCUCGUGGAGCCGCAUCAAGGGCACGAACCCCCCCAACACUAUCGGCAUCCUCCCGUUCAAUACAGUCUCCGCCGUCGUAUUCGAGUUUCCGUAAUGCUCCCUCAAUACCGCCGCCGCCAUCGUACUCAAGCCUCCGCAAUAUUCCCUUGGUACCGCAACCUCCGCAAGAUGCCCGAUCAUUUCGAUUCAGAGACUUGUUGCACUCGCUAUCUAACAUACCUCUCCGCUGGGAGGACUCCGUCUUGCUAGACAAAGCCUUGGAAGUCGUGCCAUUGGAACAUAUCUACGACGAAGCAGAACAAGAGAGCCAAAUUCUCCAAAUGGAGGCGGAAAGUCUAGGGCCUGGCAAGAGGGCAGCAUGGGACUACCAAGACUGUGUGAUACGUGCCCUUUUGCGCUGGUUCAAGCGCUCCUUCUUUACCUGGGUCAACAAUCCACAUUGCACAAGCUGUGGCGGUCCUACGAUUGGUCGGGGUAUGGCGGAACCUACUGCCAAUGAGCGGGCUCUUGCUGCCACAGAAGUUGAAUUGUACCAAUGUCCGGCAUGUCACAACUAUGAAAGGUAUGCACGCUACAGCAACGCCUUCACUCUUCUGCGAACUCGACGUGGGCGUGUUGGAGAAUGGACAAACUGCUUUGGCAUGCUAUGUCGUGCUCUUGGUUCGCGUGUUCGUUGGGUCUGGAAUUCUGAAGACCACGUAUGGACGGAGGUUUAUUCACUCCAUCAAAAAAGAUGGAUUCACGUUGAUGCCUGUGAGGAAGCCUGGGAUAAACCACGGCUCUAUACCGAAGGCAAGCUAACCACACACAAAUUUAUAGGUUGGGGCAGAAAGCUAAGGUAUUGCAUCGCGUUCUCCGUUGACGGCGCAACUGAUGUUACCCGCCGCUAUGUCGGAAAUCCGAUACGACACGGCCUUGAACGUACCGGGGCACCGGAAAGCUGUCUCUUGCACAUACUUGAUGAAAUAAACGCCAUGCGUAGAGGGAAGGAUACUCCAGAGUACCGAUUCAAGAUUGAGGGUGAAGACCUCAGAGAGCAACGCGAAUUGCGCCAUUACGUUAUCAGCACUCUCGUA